AUGACCGCGCCUGGCCAUCUCGGACAUGAUGCCUUGAACAUAUGGUUCGCCACCUGCGGUCUUACGGGGUCAGUGGCAGGUAUCGGGAGAAAGCUAGACGACUUUGAUCGACCCGAGGAGAUCGAGAAAGCUCUAUUCUGGUGGUGGCUUGGGCAGUCAGCCUAUGUUUGGGUGGUGACGAUCGCCAGGCUGUCUAUUGCAAUGCUCCUCCUUCGAAUCGCUAUUCGACGCCGCGACUCGGUUGUCACCUAUGUGGUUAUGAGCCUGACGGUGGCUGUUGGGCUCCCGUUCUGGCUUGUAUUGAUGCUGCAAUGCCAGCCUGUGCGAGAGUUCUGGCAGCGGACGGGUGACGGUUAUUGCAUCGAUACGGAAUAUAUUGUCGACGUCGCAUAUCUCUACAGUGCGACAGCGUGUCUAUGCGAUUUUACACUCGGCCUCUAUCCUAUAUAUCUUAUUAGAGAUCUGCAGAUAACUGGGCGGUCGAAGUGGGCAUUAGCCGGAAUCCUCGGACUGGGAUGUGUUGCGAGCGCAGCCGUUGUUGUCCGCAUUCCUUUCCUCCCUAAUUAUAUGGAAACAGAUUUCCUUUUAACCUAA